AUGAAUCCGAAAUCAACCAUGAAAAUCAGAAAACAAGGUCCACCGCGCAAAAAGGCCUGCCAGAUCUGCACGGAAUCCAAGGUCCGAUGUAGCCUCGAGAAGCCAACCUGCUCACGAUGCUGGACUCGUGGCAAGCAGUGUCGGUACCCUGCGGGUUCCGACGACGUACAUCGAUUAAGCCCUGUGGUCUCGAGUGAAAGAAUCUCAGCAGAUGAGAGUCUCAGCUUUGAGCCGUCACUUGCAAACUUUUCCGCUACCUCGACCGCAACAGCGUUAUCGAGUCCUAUGUCUGGCCAUGCAUCGGAUAUACCGCACAUCUACUCUCAGCACGAAUCUACACAGACGGUGGACACCGAUCUGAAUUUUGAUCACAUUGACCUCGUGCCAAUGAUAGACGCCGAAAAGAUCCGUGAUAGCUGGCUGCAACCUUACCUUCUCACUACGACGGGACAGGUCCCGAAGCUGUUUAACCCGUUUACUGCGCAGUUCGUCACCUGCGUGCUUCGCUCGCACCCCAACCAUCUUCUCGAUGAGAAAAGCCUCCCUCCAUUCAUUCACCCACUGCAACUCAACAACAAAGCGAUGCCGAGAACAAUAGCAAACUGCUUUUCUCUGGUGCGCAUGUGGAUGAACAGAGUUGCUGGAAGUGAGGCAAUUGUCUUAUCAACCGUCAGACAGGAGAUGGAGAGACUAUCCCGGGAGGACACGACAAGUGACUUCGACACAUUAUGUUCCUUCCAAGUAUACCUCAUUUACCUAUUAACAGCUUACUUCUUCCCAAUCGAAAACGCCUCCCUAGGAGACGACAUGAGUAUGGUAACCCUCCAAGACCUUGCCUUCCGCACUGCAAAAGCAGGUUUCGCCUGCAAAGCCGAGCUUUCACGAACGCGGCCAACUUGGGAAUCCUGGAUCAUCGCCUCUUCCAAACGACGCACGCUGUUUACAAUGUACCUCUUCACGAAUGUGUACAACUCCGACAAAGGUCUUCCAAAUUUCCUGUCGGAUGAGUUGGGGGAUGUUCUUGUUCCUGAGAGUAAAGCGCUGUGGGAGGCUUCUGAUCGAUGCUCUUGGACGAGGGAGUAUAAUCGGCACCUGUCGAAAUGGGGGGAUGGGAUGCUGCAAAUUUCGGAGCUGUGGGGAUCGUCGGAGACGGGGUCGGAGGCGAGGAGGAAGCGGAUUGGGCGGUGGGUGCAGUCGACAGAUGAGUUUGGGAUGAUGCUUUUUGCAGUUUGUGCGCAUAUUCAUGGGUGCUAA